AUGGCCCGUUCGCUCGCCGCCCUGCUCGCAGCCGCCGUCGCCGGCGCUGCCGGUGUUGCCGCCGCCGACGGCUCCACGACGACGAUCCCCGUCCUGCUGCCCAUGUUCGACAAGCAGAAGCUCGUCGGCUCGGUGGUCGACGCCGACUCCACGCUCACCACCUUCGCCGUCGCGUGCGCUCCUGGCGUCAAGGCCGACGAGUGUGGCUUUCCCGGCACGUUUACCGUCCUCCAGGGGCCGUCGACCUGGUCCCUGAGCCUGGGCGUGUCGAUGGGGGAUGACACCGAUGUGACGGUCGCAACCCAGGACUCCAACUGCAAGUUCGACGCCGCCAAGGACGUGGCCACGUGCGUCGGCUCCCUCACCGAGAGGGUCAGCAACAGCGACAUGCACACCACCGUGAGCGAGGUCAUCACGGGCUACAAGACGCUCAUGAUCCCCGUCACCGUGACGGCCGGCGUCGACAAGCUCUCCGCCGCGCCCGGGGCCACGCAGACGGGCUCGCAGGCCACGCCGACGGGCACCGCCGCCAGCACCAUGUCCACUGCCGCGUCCGCCACGGCGUCCGGCUCCGGCUCCAAGACCGGGUCCAGCGCCUCGGCGACGGGCUCGCCUUCUUCGACGACCAACGCGGCCGGGCCGAUGGUGACGCAGAAUGCGGUCCUGGCGGGUGUCGCGGCGGUGGUGGGCGGUGCCAUGAUGCUGUAA